UGUAAAACAUGUUUAUGUCUAUUUUUAUCAAUAUCAUCAUAAUGAAAUGGUUUAAAAUUGGAAAAGUUGUUCCUGUCCUGUGUGCUGGCUUCCCGAGUCUUACACUGAGCAUGCGCAGUAAUUGCUUUACAGUACUUUUUCCUGGUCCCAGUAGCCACAUGACGAGAGGGAAGCCUGGCUCCGGAUGAGCAGAAACGUCUCUACUAAACAUUUUCUAAUGCCAGUUUUAUCAAGCUGACAUGGCAGGCUGAACUUGUUUGAACCAUGUCGCUCCAAGCUUCUCGCAUGUCAGUGUUCACCUUUCACUCUGCAGUGCACAGCGCUAAUGUUCUCCAGAGUCUGGAUGAGCAGAGGCGGCGGGACGUCCUGUGUGAUGUGACGGUGUUGGUUGAAAGCAGGAGUUUCCGGGCCCACUGCUCUGUCUUGGCUUCCUGCAGUGAAUACUUUCAGAGCAGGGUUACAAAUGUCACCAGACAGAACACCAUCAUCUACUUGCCUGAUGAGGUGACUGUUGAAGGGUUUGAACCUUUGCUUCAAUUUGCCUACACAUCUAAGCUGCCCUUCACGAAAGAAAACAUUCAUGCCAUUCACCGCAGUGCUGAGAUUCUAGGAUUUAAUGACUUGGAGUCCUCAUGCUUUGAUUUCCUCAUCCCAAAGUUUACUGCAGGUAAUAGAGCCUCUCCGGAGGUCAGGCGGAGGGCCUGUUUUCUGAAUCGGGAAGCCAGUGCCAGUUUUAGCCCCCGCGUAGAGAGCAGCCAACCAAAAUCAUUUGAGUCACACAGCUCACUGCCUUCAAGAGGUGAUGAACAAACAGAUUUCCCAUCACAGUGUCCUCAGAGAGCACAGGGUCAGAUGCACAGCGCGGAAGAACCCUUCUGUUUGGAGAAUUGUGGGCCACAAAUGGCCCCCUUAUCUUUCUUAACAGAAAAUGCUGUGUGCCCCAUGUUGUCUUUGCCAUGCCCAGCUGCCGACAAAGCAGAUCAUCUCACUCAGUUCUGCGAAAGAGACAUUUUAAGGAUGGGAGAUGUGUGUAAUCAAAGUGAGUUGAGUUUACAAGACUGUGGCUUACCCUGUGAGCUGUCCGCCCCGGGGGAUGUGAGUCUGCCAGAACUCAUUGAGCCAGCAGGUGAUGUUAAGCAGAGUGUCGAGACGCUUGUUGCUGAAACCGACUGCAACCCCAGUUCCUGUCCACUUAACACAUCAGGCGCGGAAGAUUGCAGUGAGUUACUAGGGCAGAGUCAGGCUGGUUUUGUACAGAAAGUAGAAGGUGAUCUCUCAGACCCGGCAGUAACUGAUUCAAGCCACGAAGAGGGGAUUGGGGAGAGGAGCAGCGUUGAGAGGGAGGUGGCUGAACAUCUGGCCAAGGGGUUCUGGUCUGACAUAUGCCCAUCUCAAGCUCAACCACUGCCCUUGGAAGCCAUUGACCAAAACAAUCUGUCAAAAGCAUCAGACUUCCAUUGGCUCAAGCAGCUGGACCUGAGCUCCAGUGUAGGAGACUGCCCCUUCCUCAGGGACUUUGGGACAGGUGAUGACCCGGCCCCCCCCACCGACAGCCCCCCCCAGUCAGAGAAGAGCCCCUACAUGUCCUCGCUCAACUCUGGGGACGACUCAGACCUGGACACAGACGGAGAUACUGAGGCUAACAACAAACGAGCAGCAGAGAUUCAGCUUCCAUUCCCAGUGGAGCAGAUCUCAGCGCUGAGUCGGAGUGCCUUCCAGCAGCUUCUAAGACAACAUCAACUGACUCAAGAUCAGAUGGAGUUUGUCCAUGACGUCCGUCGACGAAGCAAAAACCGUGUGGCUGCUCAGCGCUGCCGAAAGAGGAAACUAGACGGCAUUCACCAUCUAGAAAUUGACGUAAAAAAAUUAAAAAGUCAGAAAGAGCGACUGCUGCAGGAGCGAACUGAGCUCCAGCAGAACCUGGACGAGACGCGGCAGAGCCUGUGCGGGUUGUUUAAGAUUGUCAGCCUGGAGUCUGGCUCUAAUCAGGACCAUCUGCAGCUUCUCACCAAGGUCUCUUCACCAGACGGCUCCAUCUCCUCCCCUAGCUAUCUGGGGAAAGUAGAGGAGUACCAGAUCCCUAUCGAAAUGGUAAGUUGUUCUUCAGAGUGUGACCCAAGCAAGCCACCUGCAGGCUCUGAGCAAAGUGCUGCUCCAGAUGCUGACACUCAGACAGAGGAGGCCGGUUCUCCCCACAGCUGCCCUGCUCCCACUGCUCUGUAUGUCUGUAUGGACAUCAACAACAGUUUAUAAUGGGACUUAUAUUGUCAUCUCUAAUCAUGCAGGAUCAUGGAGCAGGGGUGGACUCUGAGUAUAUACUGUAAGCCCCCUUUGCGAUAUAUAUGCUUUCAUGUUUAAUUCACUGAAUGAUGUUCUGCCUGAUUUAAUGUGACAUUCAGAGAUGUCACUUUUAUUUUACUGUACUUCCAUUAAGCCCCUGUCACACGGUCCCGAAAUUAACACCCGAUGGACACACGAAUAUGGAAUUGUGAAUUUCGCACGAAGAUGGCCCCGAACCACACACGAAGGCAACAUUUACAUUACAUUUAAGAC